AUGUCCAUCCGACAGACCUGGAUGCACUUUGCAAGCAGGCGAGAUGUGGGCAUGGCCUUUGUCCUUGGACGCGCAGAGGAUUGGAAACUAAACAAGGCUCUCAAUGAGGAGAGUUAUUUGUAUGGCGAUAUGAUACGUGGACACUUCAUAGACUCGUACUUAAAUCUCACUCUAAAGACAAUAUCGUUGCUGGAAUGGGUAGAUGCGCACUGCCCUCAUGCGAAGUACAUCCUAAAGACCGACGACGAUAUGUUCAUCAAUGUUCCUAGACUGCUCGAAUUCAUAGACGGCCACAGCGAUAAGCGAACCAUUUAUGGUCGCGUGGUGGAGGGGCAGCAGCCUGAACGAAACUCUAUGCCAGAUCAUCAAUUUGAGGGCUUAGAGUUCCCAAAGUAUGCCACCGGAGGAGCAUACCUCCUCACCAGAGACAUUGUACAAGAGCUUUACAUGCAAUCGCUUAGUUCUUCUUACUUUCCACAGGAGGAUAUCUUUAUCACGGGCAUAAUGGCCGAGAGAUUGAAUAUUAGCAGGGUGCACGCUGCAAAAUUUCGCAAUGUUCGCAUCGCAUUAUUACCGUGCAGCGUCCGCAACGCGAUUAGCAUCCACGAAAUCCAGCCACACGAACAAUACGAGCUUUGGAGGCUACUUCUGACCCCUGCUAUCAAGUGUAAGAAAGUUUGGCAAGACGCAGACGCAGAGAAUGCCUAA